AAAACAGGGACAUAUCUGCACAUGUAAAAAUUAUGAGUGGACUCGGGAGCUGAAAAGGGAGGUCUUAAGGAAAGCGACGGCAUCAAAGUCUGCAUUAUCAAGGAGGAUUUUGAGGACUCUGCAUAUAUAAUCCGACAUCAAAGGCGGAAUGUGAUUCCAAAUAACUUAUGUUAAUUAGAGAUUUUGACUAAUAUGAUUUGAACGGCUCUGAAGCACCGUGAGAAGAAUUUGAUUAUGACCACUUGAAUUGAAGGCUUUUGUCGGAGUCGUGUGUGUUUACCGUGGACCUGGUGCCAGCAGUGAUUUGGAGCCUGUAUUAGAUGAGAGGAGUUGGCCGCCGAGGGCUGGUGUCGGACUGCCGUGCGUUUGUGCCCGACGCGCACCGGAGUUUUUUCUUUUUUUUAUUGGAGAAGAUAUAACUGAGCGGAUAAUUUCAAUUCGUCCGUUUCGCAGUGACUUGCCGUCUCAUUCUUAUAGGGCUCCACUGAGAUCUGCAAGACGUUUAUGACAAGGGGGAGAAUAUUGUUUCGUCUUGUCAGUGUUCAUUAAACCGAGGACAGUGUGCGUUUCAGCUCGAUUUUUGGAGGAGAAAAAUCCGGAGGAGCGACAAGAGCUGACGAGAUCGAGGCACAAGCUCCUGGAUCAACUUGAGAAGUGAAGUUUUAAGCCUGGAAUAUAAGAAUAGAUGAUUCUCCCAGGACACGCGACCAACUACACUUAGACCAACAUGUUCAGAAGGGGCUGUGGGCUGGAGUUCCUGCUGGUUCUCUGUGGGCUGGAGUUUUCCUGGUCCUGCCCACGCCACUGCAUCUGCUACACUGCACCGAGCACCGUCUCCUGUCAAGCCCACAACUUCCUGUCAGUUCCUGACGGCAUUCCUCCUGACAGCGAACGCAUCUUUUUACAGAACAACAAGAUCCACCGCUUACUACGAGACCACUUCAGCUCCAACACUGUCACUCUGUGGAUCUACUCCAACAACAUCACGUACAUUGAGCCGUCCACCUUCCAUGGGUUCACAUUGCUGGAGGAGCUGGACCUCGGAGACAACCGCCACCUGCGCUCCUUGGCUGAAGACACCUUUCACGGGCUGAGUAGGCUCAACUCGCUUCACCUGUACCGCUGUGGUCUAAGUUCUCUUCCAAGCAAAAUAUUCCAAGGCCUGAGAAAUCUACAGUAUCUCUACUUACAGGAUAAUCAUCUAAAGUUCCUGCAGGAUGACACGUUUAUGGAUCUCCACAACCUGAGUCACCUGUUCCUGCAUGGAAACCGUCUGUGGAGCCUUAACCAGAACACUUUCAGAGGUCUGCAGGCCCUAGACCGCUUGCUGCUGCACCAAAAUCAGAUAGAAUGGGUUGACCGUUUAGCCUUCCAUGACCUGAAACGUCUAACUACCCUCUACCUGUUCAACAACUCCCUGGUGGAGCUGCCUGGACAGUGUCUGGACAUGCUGCCUGCACUGGAAUACCUGCGCCUCAAUGACAACCCCUGGUCGUGUGACUGUAAGGCCCUGUCGCUAUGGGAGUGGUUGAAACGCUUUCGAGGUUCAACUUCUUCAGUGGGUUGUCAGGCACCUGUUGAUAUGGUUGGGAAGAACCUCAAGGAACUGAGCAAGGAGGACUUCACCAACUGUUCACCAACUGUUUCUAACUCUGAAUCCAGAUCUCAAACUAACAAUUUAUCGGGCACAAUGAAUCCUUCCAUGAAUCGCGGAGUAGCAGUGGGGUCCGGAGGGCAGACGCACAUAGUCCAUCCUUCGAGGCCUGGGCGUACUCGGACCUGUCCAAAGCCUCGUAACAGGGUUGGCAAGGAAAAGGGUGACAAUGAGGUUCACCAUUCAAAGGAGGUCAUGACAGACAAGGAGGAUUCUUCUCCAGAUUUCACAGAGGGGGGAAAACAUGACCAUACAUCCCCAGAUGGCACGGUCACACGGAGGAAGCACAAGUGCAAUCCCCGGACCACUGUUCGUCCCCCUAGUGGGGUUCAGCAAGCCAACAAUAAGGCACCCUUAUCCAAGUCCUUACUACAGUUCCAAGCCAUCUUUGUGACCUUGAUAGUGACAAAUACUGACUACAUCCUUCGUUGACUACAGAGGAAUUAACAGCUACUAUUAACAGAAAAAAAAAAAAGCACAGCCCUCAGACCUUCUCUUGCUCCUGCAUUUCAAGGCCUGUGUCUUUAAUGUGCGUGUAUGAGUGUGCAUAUAUGUGUAAACGUUUUUGUAGGGGGGGCUUUACCGUUCAAACUGAUACAGAUAUCAAAUCAUCAAGCAUCUACAAGAAGAAGAACAAAAUCAAAGGGUCUAAGAAUGAUUACCGGUGAAUGCAGACUUAGCUUGCACUGCCACGGUCAAUAUAAUUUAAUUUGCCAUACAUCUUGGUGUCUUAUUCCGUUGCUUCUAACUCAACUGGAAGUCAGAUUACUAAACAUUGCUGCAAUCGGGAGAGAUGGAAGAGCAUGUAAGGUAAUAACUUGUUUAGCUCUGAAAAUAUUCGAGUUCUGCAGUUAAUUUUGAUUAUGCGCUCAGAGGUCAUACAAUUGCACGGAAGGUGCAACUAAGAAGUUGGUGAAUCUGAAAAUGCUCCAGUCUGUCUCGUUCUCAUCUUUUAUGCCAAAUGAAUUCUUCUGUUGCAACUUUUGUUAAGAAUAAUUGGGUGUGUAUUUUUUUUUUCAUUGACAAAAAAGUGAAGGGUAAGUACACUAUAUCAACAGAUUGUCAGUCAAUAUCAACCAUUGGAAUUUUUACAGUCACAUUAUAAUGUGAAAAAACAACCUACAAUCACAGAUUCUUUAUGGGCAUAAAAAGCAGUUGAACUCACAUGCUGUAUGAAGUGGUAGCAAAUGUCGUAAAAACACUGUGUAAACAGUAUUUAUACACCUAACUCUCUGACAUAUUAUGCGACACCACUUCUCUCCUGUGCAACUGAAGAUUAAGCUGCUUGCUGUUUCAAGAUGACAAGGACUGCCAUUUGCUCUUUUCAUCUGCUUGGAAACCAACGUGCAUCACCGCCAGAUCAAGCUGUGAAUACUGAGGAGUCCAUCUAUAUUUUGUGUCAAAUGUUGUUCAUCUGGUUUUUUCUAAGACACACAAUGGACCUACAGAUGAAUCCCCGCUGCAGGGCCGACAGGAGCUUUAGAGGUCAAGGGUCAAACUGGAGUUUCUCAGUUUCCCGGUGAGGUUGCGUUGAAUCGCUCCCUCCUCUGUGAGGACGUCCCGCUACCAUCCUCACUGAGAAUGUGGGGAAGAGUUUGUUUGUUUGUUUGUUUGUUUGUUUUCCUAUUCAUUUCAAAGGAGUACAAAAACAGGAAUCUAGACACACAAAAAAAAAAAAAAAAAUGUGCAAACCUUAAAUGACAUUACGAUCAAUAAACAAUUAAAAGAACAUUUUUGGAGCAUGGCAAAACUGGGAUCAUGCAGAAUAAUGCCUCUUCAUAAACUACUGCGAUUGUUCAUAGAUGUCCUUGGAUGAGGAUCUGAGACCAAGAUGAUCGCCUCUGAAUUAUAAAAGAAGAAAAGAAAAACCUUGCAGACUAUUACAGGAACAUUUUACUGUACUGCUGGAGCUUUUGUGCCUCCCUCAAAUGUACUGAUACGAUGUUGUUUGUAUCAGUGAUGUGAACUGUACCACUAACGACGAAACAAGAGGACAUCUCGCAGUGCUGAUAUUAAUAAUUUACUGUAUUACUAUGAGAAAAAAUAUCAGUGACAUCACUGAUAAUAACAGGGUUUUAUGCUCCUCCUGCCAGGAGUUUUUCAGUUUUUAAUUUUCCGGUAUGAUAUGUUUUUUUUUUUCCAUCUUAUAUUUUUAGAACCCUUUAUUUGUUAACACGCAGAUCCUCAUUUCCCUCUUUAUUGUGCAUCUUUUCCCCCCCCUUUUCCAUACUUAAAGUGUUCAGUAAGUUAUCGUCAAAGAAGAACAGUACAAAAAUGUUUAUAAAGAUAUUAAAAUCUAUAUCUUCUUAUGUCUACCAUCUUAGUCUGUGACUGUUUAUUGCAGCGUUUAGGUUUAUUUGGAGAAACUUUUCUUUGAAUUUGUUAAAACCAGAAAUCGAUUCUGUCAGCAAAUUUAGCUAUUUCCCACUCUGUUUCCCUCUUUAGCUUUGCUGUACUUUGCAAUCUGUCUCCCCUGAUUAGCUGUUGCCGGAUAAAC